AUGGCUGAGGCUAUCGUUACUGAUGUUGCUAAGGAAAUACUAAGCAAGGUGAUUCCACUUGUUACUGAGCAGAUCAAUCUUGCUUGGGGUUUCAAGGACGAGCUAACACAGCUUCGUCAGUCAGUGGAGAUGAUCCAAGAUGUGUUGGCUGAUGCAGAGAGAAAGCAAGUGACUGACCUGUCGGUGAAGCACUGGCUGCAGAGGCUUAAAGACCUUGCUUAUGAUGCUGAUGACGUGCUGGAUGAGCUUGCUUACGAGAUUCUCCGGCGAAAGGUAGAGAUCCGAAAUCAAAUCAAAAGAAAGGUAUGCUUCUUCUUUUCGUUUUCAAAUCCCAUUGCAUUUCGUAUCAAGAUGGCUAACAAAGUUAAGACCAUUAGCGAGUCGCUAAAAAAGAUUAAUGAAGAAGCAAAUGGAUUUGGACUUACUAGAGCAAAACUAGUAAAUGCAAAUCCUGAGAUAAUCCCAAACCGAGAGACAGACGCCUUUGUUGAUCAUUCAGAAAUUGUAGGAAGGGAAAAUCAUGUCUUAGAAAUAGUAAACUUGCUGCUAAGUGCAACCAAUGAACAACUCUCGGUCAUUCCUAUUGUAGGAAUGGCAGGUUUGGGGAAGACAACUGUAGCAAAACUCGUGUACAAUCACGAGCUAGUAAAGAGACAUUUUGAUAAGACAAUAUGGGUAUGUGUCUCUGAUGAUUUCAAUGAUAAAAGAAUUUUGAGAGAGGCUCUAGAAUCCCUUACCGAGAAGCCAAGUGCAUUAGAAAAUAAGAAUACAAUAUUAGAAUGCCUAAAAAAGGAGUUGCAAGGCAAAAGAUAUCUUCUCAUACUUGAUGAUGUAUGGAAUGAAGAAUCUGUAAAAUGGGAUAAUUUAAGGAGUUGUUUGUUAGGAAUUAAUCCGAAUGCGGGAAAUAGCAUUAUUUUAACUACUCGCAAAGAAGAUGUGGCAAAAAUUACAAAGACACUUCCACAAGUUAUUAACUUGAAAGAACUAUCAGAAGAUGAAUGUUGGUCCAUAAUCAAGAAAAAAGUAUCUUUUAAUGAAGGAGUUUCACUAACUCCAGAUUUAGAGGCUAUUGGAAGGGAUAUUGCCAAAAAAUGUAGAGGGGUCCCAUUAGCUGCAAAAGUCCUAGGAGGGACGAUGUGUCGUAAAAAAGAGAAAAGUGAAUGGUUAACACUUCUAAACAAUGAAAUUUUGAAUUCUCCACAUGGUAGCAAUGAAAUGUUACCAAUAUUAAAAUUGAGCUUUGAUCAUCUUCCAUCACCAUCUCUUAAACAAUGUUUUGCGUAUUGUUCAAUUUUCCCUAAAGAUUAUGAGAUUAACAAGGAAGAAUUAAUUCAACUUUGGAUGGCUGAAGGUUUCCUUCAACCAAAUCAAGGAAGUUGUUUGGUGAUGGAGGAUAUUGGCAACAUGUAUUUUGAUAUUUUGUUGGCGAAUUCCUUAUUCCAAGAUGAGGAAAAUGAUGAUUAUGAUAAUAUUAUCAUAUGCAAGAUGCAUGAUUUGGUACAUGAUCUUGCUUUCCUAGUUUCAAAAUCAGAGAUCCUAAUUUUAAAUGAGGAUUUAGUAGAUGGUAUCAGCCCUGUACGACGGUUGGUGAUCCAAUCUAAAGGCAAAAGAAUACCAAGAAUUCCAUCUUUAAAAGAUGGUGUUUGGAAAUUGCGCACAUUUAUUUCAGAAAAUGCUGCACUUGGCAACACAAUAUUCAAUUUUGAAUGCUUACGUGUUUUAAAAUUAUAUGGAAAUAGUAUAAAAGAAUUGCCAAGUUCAAUUGGCCUAUUAAUACAUUUGAGACUUCUCAACAUCUCUAGUGUCUACAUCAAAGUGUUACCAAAGGCCAUCACCAAGCUUUACAAUUUGCAAACUUUAAGAGUUAAAGGUUGUAAUAAUCUCAAAGAGCUUCCAGAAGAUCUAAAAAAUUUGAUUAAUUUGAGACAUAUUUAUUUUAAUGGUUAUGAAAUUGGGCGAACACCUAAAGGCUUAGGGCAGUUGACUUGUCUGCAAACUUUGCAAUCUUUCGUUGUGGGUCAAGGCAGAGGUUUUCAGAUUGAAGAAUUGGGACGCUUAAAUCAACUAAAAGGAAAAUUAGACAUUCGUAGGCUAGAGCAUGUGAAAGAUAAAGAAGCCUCCAAAAAUGCCAAAUUAGUAGAAAAGGUCAAAGUAUACAAGUUGAGAUUUUACUGGAGUUGGGGAAGAGAAGGCAACCACAAUAAUGAUGAAGAGGUGUUGGAAGGACUCCAACCUCACCGAUAUUUGAAGAGCUUAACAAUUGAUGGUUUUGGAGGGGAGAAAUUCCCAUCAUGGAUGUUGACAAGUCAUGAUGCAAGGGAUGGCUUUUUGCUAUAUGACAAUUUGAUUAAUAUCAAAUUAAUUGGUUGCAAGAAAUGUGAGGUUCUUCCCUCUCUGGGGCUUCUACCUUGUCUUAGGGAUCUUGAUAUAAGAGGGAUGGAUAAUGUAAGAUCUAUAGGAACCGAGUUUUACGGCAACUAUAAUGAUGGUGGUUGCGACAAAAUAUUGUUCCCGUGUUUGAAAAGUCUUCAACUGUGGUGCAUGCCAAAUCUAGUUGAAUGGACGGAUGCGAUGGAGCCAACAACAACGGGAACGGUGUUUCCUUGCCUUAAGAAUUUGACCAUUAAGCACUGUGAGCAACUGAAAAGUGCUCCAUGUCAUUUUCCUUCUCUUGAGAAAUUAGCUAUUUCCGGAACAAAUAGCACGACAUUUGAAAAAAUUAGCAGCAAGCUUACCACACUAACGUCCCUCGAUAUUUGGGGAAUUUCAGAACUUGCUUCUUUGCCAGAGCAGUUAUUGAAAAAUAAUUCGAGUCUUAUGUCUUUGAGGAUAGAGGAAUGUCAUGAUUUGGUAUCCCUAUCACCACAUGGGGAUGUAUGGGGCUUCUACACUUCUCUUCGGUCACUGCAAAUAUCAAACUGUAAGAAAUUGAGUUAUUUGCCGGAUGGACUGCACACCCUUCGUUCUCUUGAGAAUUUCGAGGUAAGAUAUUGUCCUAAUCUGAGGUCCUUUCCAAGUAUAAAAGGUGUGGCGUUACUUCUUAAAACCCUAGUGAUAUCGUGUAGUGAUGAAGUUCUACCAAUUGGUCUUCAAUCAUGUAUAUCUCUAUCGUCAUUGGAGAUAAAUGAGUGUCCUAAUCUGAUAUCAAUUCCAAAUCUACAGGAUUUGCAUUCACUUUCCUCUUUAACAAUUAGAUAUUGUAAAAGAUUGAUGGGUUUGCCAGAUGGGUUAGACUGCCUCACCCGCUUGAAGUCUUUGACUAUUGGUGGGUUUUGUGAGGAGUUGGAUGCUUUCCCUAGUCUCAGUUCCAUCCAACACGCAUCCCUUGAAGAACUAACAUUGUUUGGAUGGGCUAAACUCAACUCUCUCCCAGCAGAUAUUCAACGAUUUACUGCCCUAACACACCUCUGGAUAGAGAAUUUUGACCAGAUUGAAGCUUUGCCUGAGUGGUUGGGCAAAUUUUCUUCUCUUCGAAGCUUGCAUCUUAUCAAUUGCAUGAACCUGAUGUAUCUGCCAACAGCGGGAGCCAUGCAACACCUCAUCCAUUUAAAUAUUAUUUUAUGCCCCAAAUUAAAGGAAAGAUGUGUGAAGGGAAGCGGCGCAGAGUGGCUCAAAAUUGCCCAUAUUCCAAAUAUCUCUCUCAUCUGAAAACGGAUUAAAGGGUAGUUGUGCAUAUUGGUCCAAGACAGAUCAGAGUGGGAAAAAAAGAAAGAGAAAGGAAAGUUCUCUUCAAGAGCUGCAAAUGAUCAAAAUCCAAGGGCCGCUCACCAAAUUGAGAAGUUGAAGAUGUUUUUGGUCAAAGUAAUACAAAAACAAUGUGAGGAUUCUUCACCAUUCUAGCCCCAGUUUUCAAUCAGCCAAACUUUAACACCAAAGCACAUUCUUAGUUGGAGUUGUCAAAUUUUGAGGAUCUUUAUGCUGCAGAUAUGAGGCGUCAAUGGUAGCUUUUGAUUUGGCACAGGGUUAACUUUUUCUCUCUUCAAGAUCUGAAUUUUGGGUACAAGUAUUCUGCUUUCAGGGAACAGAGGAAGUGGACCAAUCCCUUACUAAAGAGAUGCUCACUUUACGGUAAAAGCUGAAUAUUUCUUGUUGGUUGCUGUCAGAAUGGUUGACGGUUGUUGAAUUACUAUCUGAGUGAAGUUCAUCAAAAUUAAGUGGUUGGGAAACCUUUUCUCUCUUCAACAUUUGGUACUUAUUUGGAUGCAAGUGGAUGCCAUGUAUUGGCUCACCAAUUUGCAACACCUAUUCAUUCAUAACUGCCUCAAGUUAAAUGAUAGAAGUGUUGAGAGUAUCAGCCAAUUCUGGUCCAAUGACAGGGAAUGGAUUAAAGAGGAAGCUGUUUGAAGUUAACACAUAUAUUAUUACAACAAUGUGUGUGGCCAAAUUCUAUUAUAUUCAGUUGGAAGAACAAUUAAUUAACUUAUGAUUGAACAAAGCUGAUGAAUGUGCUCCCAUACAAAGCUGAGGAAGUUUAUGUGAUAUCAGGAAAUGUUGGUGGAAGACGUGGUAGUAUUUCAACCUAGGUCCUCUAAUGCGUGAACAGGAUUCUUCACCAUUCUAAAGCCCUGAUUUCAAUCAGCCAAACUUUGACAUCUAGGUGCAUUCUUUGUUUAAGGCGUCAUAUUUUUGAGCUGUGCAGAUGAGCUCUCAAUGGAAGCUUCUGAUUUGGUGCAUGAUUAAAUUUUUUCUCUCUCUUCAAGAGCUGAAUUUUGGGUACAAGAAUGCUACUUUUGGGCAGCAAAGGAAGAGAUCUAAUCCCUUACUAAAGAGAUGCUCUCCGGUGUUAUUCAGAGUGGUCGAUAAUUUGCCAGAAGUUAUUACCAUAUUAUGCUCACUUUACAGUAAAAGCUGGAUAUUUUUUAUUGGUUGCUGCCAGAAUGGUUAAUGAUUGCUCCCGGUCUAAUGGAGUGUUGAUUUGAGUGUUAUCUGGUUGAAGUUCAUCAAAAAUUGAGUGGUUGGGCAACCUUUUCUCUCUUCAACACUUUGUACUUAUUUGGACGCAAGAACCUUUUUCAUCUGGCCUAAAGUGGAUGCCAUGUAACAGCUCACCAAAUUGCAACACCUAUUCAUUCAUAACUGCCUCAAGAUAAAUGAUAGAAGUGCUGAGAGUUAUUGACCAAUUCUGGUCCAAUGAUGAGGAAUGAAUUAAAGAGGAUGCUGUUUGAAGUUCACACAUAUAUUAUCACAACAAUGUGUGUCCAAACCAUGUUAUAUUCAGUUGGAAGAACAUUUAAUUAAUUUUAUGGAGUUUAAUAGAAGUUCGUCAAAGUUGGGGAAGAUUCUAUUAAGGAGCAGCAUAUAAGAAUUAUGUGAUUGCACAAAGCUGAUGCAUGUGCACCCAUACAACGCCUCACCACAUUAUUACAUCAUCAAGAGGAAGGAUGCGGUAAAUGUAAUGCCUCAGGUUUUCUAGUAGCAUCUUGAAAUUUAUGUGAUAUCAGGAAAGGCUAGUGGUAAGUCCAUCCAAAACUGACUUUCUACUCUCUCUCUUCUCUAAUACUAGUAUUUUUUUUUUCAUAUUAGAAUAAAAUAGAGGAUUUUUAUUCAUAAAUUAUUUGCUAUUUCUUACAUAACAUUUUACUUUCUUCAAGUUUUUCACAUAAUUUGGGCAUAAUGUUUCUGUAGGAAGAUGUGGUACUUUCAACUUAGGUCCUCUAUUGUGCAAACAUGUUUGGGUACUUCAGCUGUCUAAUUUUCUUUAUUGUGAAGGUUUUGUUAUUUUCUUUUUUCUUGCUCUUCCCCCAACAUAAUAGAAAGCAUAAAAAUGGGUUUUUAUUUUAUUUUAUUUUAUUUUUAAAUUAUUAUAAUAAUGCUUGCAUAAGUGUCAUCAAGAAAGUUUUAAUUCCCACAAAAUUAUUUUUAUUUUCCCAAUAUUAUAUGUUCUUGAGCUUUAGCCAAUCAUUAGGUUUUCUAAUAUACUUUUUAAUAACUUGAUCAAUAAUUGCCCUCUUUUCUGAAAAAGUUAGAAUGCAUUGAGCAUAAUAAACAUAAUGCUAGAAUUUUGAAAUACAAUUAAGGAUCAGUAAUUACCAAGCACCUAUGUCAUAUUCAAAAAUGAAAAAUGACUCUUUACAUCAAUACUUUCCAUAAUGUGCUCUUCUUGAUGAAGGCAAAGGCAGGAAAAAGAUGGAAUAUGAGAUUUCCUGCUGAACUUGGUCAGGGCAGUAAGGAUAGGAACCAUUCAUUUUCUUCCCCUACUUAUUGUAAAUUCCUUCAAAAGUUUAUGGUGAGUAAAUGUCAUUUCAUUUUUUUUAUAUAGAUAAUGAUACCUAUUUAUAUCAUCAAUUGGAGUCACUAAAUGUUAAUGAUGUUGGAACCUUUCUCGAGUGGUGGGUGAUGUAGAACAGAGCUCAUUAGAAUUCAGUGUGCGGUAAAUUCAAGAAGUAGAAAAGUACUAUUAGAAGUCGUUGGAGAUCACGGCAAAAUUGCGUGAAAUUUGGUGACAUGAAGGGAAAUGGUGUUAGGAGUAAAACUCAUAGCCUUUGGCCACGAUCGAACAUGCUUUUCGGAAAGUAACGUGUUUGUUUUCUUGUAACUUCUGCAACAAUAGUGGGGCAGCUUCAAAUCUUUUCAAGAAAUGAAACCCAAGAACAAGAAUGCACUACCUUCCAGUAAAGAAAGAUUACAGACAAAAGAUUGGUCAUAAUCCAGAAAUCACAAAAGGCGGACUUACAAAUUGAUUCCAGUACUUUUUAUUCCUAAACUCACUAAGAAUUGUUAGCUGGAACCAUGACUUGAAUGUACCUGCAAGUGUCAAUUGGGUGUAUUAGGUAUCACUUCGACAAUGAAUCAAGAUUCCUGACAAUUUGUCCGCUGUUCAAAUCCUAUGUUUUGGUUUCCUAACUUAAAGUCUCUGUUGCAGUGACUUCAGCAGUUUUCUAGAUUAUGAGUCUUCUCUUAUUGUCAAGUCUUGUUGUCUUAACUACGAGGCCAACCUGUUUGGGUGCUCCACUUCAUAUCCCUGUAUGGAGGGUAACAGCCUACAGAUUGCAGACAAGGCAAUGGACAGAAGUCUCUGUCUGAAAAGUUGACAGUUCUUUACUUAAAUGGGUAAAUAUGAAGUCCACUUCCAGAAGGGAAUAGUUAAAAGCGCUGGAUACUCACUCUUUAGUGCCAUUCUAGUUUUCGAUUCCCUGGGCUGGUAUCUUGGAAAACAUCAAAAGGUAAUGCCAAUUGCAUCAGAAUGUGAAGUGUGCUGUUCAGCAGAGACAUCAUUGCUGCCUGUAUUUAAGACUCCAAUCUUGAUAAUAGGUGACCUCAUCUGCCGCAACAAUAGAAUGUCUUCUCUAAGAACUGACUUUAUAUACUGAAGGCAUUGAAAUUUAUUUUCGACCUACAGCCAAAGCAAGGGAGAUAUGACAAGCUACUAUGAUCCAUAUUGCCCAAGAAGGUGGCUGCUUUGUUCUAUCUUCAAACCAAUUCUGCAAAAAGGGGAGACUAUCCAUUGUCAACAGAAACGUAUGUCAAUACAAUAAGAAGUAUUGCACGUAGUGUUAUUUUAUUGUCAUCCAGUUGUGACCAUUCUGGCUGAACCUAAUUUCCAAGGGAGUCUCUCAUCUGAAACAAUCUUUUCCUCUCUUAAUGUUCCAGAACUUGGAGGGUGUUUGAGCAAAGCUAGAUUUUAGUGGAAAUAGGCAUCAAGUGGGACCAAACUCGGUCAAUCUGACUCUGAAUAUACCCAAUCCAAUUUCUUUUACAACUUCUGUGAAAGCGGAAGUUCUUGAUGAGCUACAAUUAUGACUUAGCUGUGUAAAAAGUUAUUAAAUAAAUUUCUUUUAGCUGUCCUCUUGCCAAACAGCUAAUCUAGGCUUUGUAUAUAUCUUUUGUAAUGUUUAGAGGUGUAUAGAGGUUAGAUAGUGUCCAUGAUUCGUCCAACACAUUUUGAAGAUUUCAAAUAUUUGCAUAGAUUUUCCUGUACAGUUCAUGAAUAUGUUAGUCCUGGCAUAUUUGCAAUUGCCGUGAUGAACUUUCAUAUGUAUACUAAAUUAUUUAUCUUUUCCCCUUA